UAAUUAUUUACGUGUUUUUUGUGUCUAUAAUCUAUAUAUAUAUAAACACACAUAUAUACCUAUUUGCAGAACAAACUAAAGCAAUCAUUACAAAUAAAAAAAAAAAAUCAUACUAUCUCCCAUGGAUUUCAACACUAGCACAACUACUCUUCCCCAAGAAUUAUUUCACACAACAAAUAAUCUUUACAGCUUCUUCGACGAAUUCGAUAUGUACGCGGAUGACGACGAUGUUUACUAUUCCGAGCUCGAAAGACAAGUCUUGCAACUGACUGCAGACGACGAUGAACAAGAUCAACAUUUCGAUGCAAACAAGAACAUUAUUAUUAGUCCAGCAGACAAGGGCCUAAUUGUAAAUAACGUUUCUCGUGUACUAAACGGAGGUAAUUACUACAAUUGGCCGGAGAGUCAAGACAAUCUUGCCGCGCCUGCAUGGAUAUCGAACCUGUGGAAGACCGGAAAUGGAACCGGAGUUUUCAUACCACAAAUUGUACUUCAAUCCAGAAAAACAAACAGGCCAAGAAGGAAGAGGAAUGGAAGAGGUAGAACAUACAAACGGGUCGAGAAAAUAUGACCCGAUGAACGGAUAAUUCGAUUCUUUUAUUUCUUAUAAAAAAAACAUAUGAAAUUAAAUAUAUUCAUGUACAUCCUUUUGUCACUUUAAUUUCUCCUAGUAUAAAUACAAGUUUGAAAUUAUACUU